AAAUUGUAUAUCGUGGUUGUAUAAAAUCAAUUUUCCAGACAUUUCUAUCUUGUUUUGCAACGGUCCUCUCUCAAUAACUUGAGCUGAUACUUUUUAGUCUGGAAAAUUUACUUUAUCGGUAGCCCAAUGAAUAACAUAAUACACCUCGAAACUCGAAACUAGCACGAACGACAAAGUCCUCUUUUUUUUCCUUGCACAUCGGUAUCUUAUCGAAUUCAGGGCCGCAUAGUGUAAUCGUGUCGCGACGCGUUUCCAUCCAGACGACCGAGUCGCAUCGAAUUAACGUCGCGCUAGAAACCCUUGAAAAUUAGAUUUUAAAUCGCGUUGAAAUAAGGACAGAUAUUUAAGGGAUUCCAAACGACAGAAUUGUUGAGCGAAUAAACUUUCGACGUUUCGUAGCGGCCAUAAUAGUUUCAUCAUUUCAAUAAUAACAUAUAAUAGUAAUAUCAACUGAGAUGUUGACGGUUAAAUGUCGUGAUAAUACUUAUCAUCGCACGUAGAUUUUACUCAGUCAAUUGCGAGCCAAAAAGUCCAAUUACGACUGACAUAAAGAAGACAUACAAUAUUAGUAGCUCAUCGGACUUGCUCUUAUCCAAUCGAUUUUAUUAUCAAAAAUUAAUAUCGACACCGCACAUUCCUUUUUCCUUCCGUAUCUGCUUUGCAUAGCUCUGUUUAAAGCAGAAAACGAAAUGAGUGAUUCCAGGUCUUCGCUCGCGAAGUGAAAUGUGACUCCUUUAUUGUUAAAGUGGAUCAUCGAAUUACCUUGGCCAGAAUCAACAAAUUUUGCUCAAAUUACACCUCCUCUGUCGUAUCAGAUUAUCACGAACAAAACAUCAUUGGCGCGACAAAACAUUUAAGACACAUCUCGCAUCCGUUGUUAUCGCGUUUAUCGAACGAGUCUACGAGCAGUAAAUACAAAGAGGAGUCUUGGGAGGGAUUAACGCCACGGCAACGAUUGCUCUUAUCAGUCGGCUCUCUGCCUUUUUCUCAAGCAAUUUCGACGCAGACGUUCUUUCAUUUGAGGCGUAAUAGUCACCGUAUGUCGUUGCGUAUCACGUGCUUUCAAUUCAGAGCCGGCCUUUCGAUCGGUGCGUGCGUACGUACGUACUUGUACGUAUGUACGUGCGUGCGUGUGCGAACAGCAAACGCGGUUGGCCAGGUGCCGGCCGGCUGAUAAGAGUCUCUUGCCUCAGUGACGAAUGUGUCGUUGCGACGUUCAACACGCAAAGUUCUCCACACGGUUUCUCGAAGUCCGAACCGUAAAAUAACAACGAUCCCCCGACUUUCACGACGCAAUCAGGUGACAACGCGGUCCUUUUCUUCUCUUCCAGUUCCUACUUCGAACCGGUUCCUCUCCUGUUUUUUUUUUGUGAAAUUGUGAUGUAAGAACGCGUCUGGUUGUGCAGUCGAUUUGUCUGCAGUGACAUGUAUUAUUUAUCGUGUAUUGCGAUCAUUGUUUCAUUACGAUAACAAAUCGUUAAUUAAACUUUAAUCGAUUUAAAACUGGCUCUUCAGAUAGGCAACUAUCGUAAAGGAGUGGUCCCCCGUUAGGUAUCUGGAUUUAUUGAAAUUACUCGAUUAAAAGAUCGACAUCUAAUGAAUUAAUCUGGAAAUGUCAGUGAGAUGGAAAGCUAAUGAUAGGGUUGUCGAGAAACAUUGAUUAAGAUUAGUAUUAAUCGUGUAAUCUUUCGUGUAAUAAUUAAUGCUGUAAUCUUUCACGAUCCAGCGGUUAUCUUUAUGUUCUUUGCAUAAUAUUAAACAUUAAAAUAUUUUGUUCUUAUCUAGCAAUUUGCUCAACAGUGUAUUUAACAUUAAUUCGGAAUUAAUUUCCUAAUCAGACGAAAUUGCCUGAGAAAUUCUGUGAAGGCAUCUAUUGACAUCUCUUUUAGAUUAAUGUGUUUUACAUCGGCUAUAUUUUUUUACGAUGUUUGUGCUAAUCAGCCUUCAAAUUUAAUUAUUAUCCUUUCUGAAACUUCACGUAGGCGUUGAUCGCAACACACUAACUUCGGCCGCACAACAUCGUUCCAUUCAUUUCAUUAUUACACAAUUAUUCGAAAUACAAGAAAUUUAUCCGCGAAGUGCAAUUAAUUUUAGGAAUGCAAUUAAUUAACGAGUGUGCGUAGAUACGAGACACGUUUAACGAGAGCCGUGUGACUUGAUUAAAGUGCACCAACCAAAUCCUGAAAACACAGCGAGGAAGCGUCGGACGAAAAUGUAGACUGAAGCGAAGGUUUUCGUGGCCGAUUAAUUUCCGAGCAGCCGCACCGUCCGGGCUCGCAUAUCGAGAAAUCGCGCAAGCUUCUCCCGCGAGUGUGAGCGCCGGCGGCGAUCGAGCAGUUGUUCGCUGAUAACCGAGAGAUGAUCGCGCGCGAUCGCGGAGCGAUUCUGCGAGCUCGCGGCGAUCGUGCGGUGCCCGUCGGGGGACGUCGAGAGUGAAGUGUGUUAAUCGGGAGGCGGCCCGCCGAGGAAAACCCUUGAAAAAUAGGCGGCGCGGUCUUACUUGAGAUGGACUCGGUGGCGGUGACGGUGCCGCUUCGUCAGCCGACGAAGAAGAUGAAGAAGCGGAAGGAGCUCGACGCCCUGGCACCGGCGCACGCUAUCUCUCGCCGGAGCUCCGGGAAACGCAGCUCGCAGGAAUUAUUGACGGACAGCAGCGACGAUCGUUCGGAAUACUGGAACGUUUCCACCAGAAAUGGACGCAAGUGCAGGGGAAGGAGGAGUCGCGCUUGUCCCGGGUUUCUUAAGGCCUGCAACGCCUUUUUGGCAUGUGCCUCCGUAUUAGCGACCGCGAGCCUGAUAUGGUUGUUCAUCGAUGUUCGUCAACAGCUUACCGCCCUGCGAACCGAGUUAGACCAAGUGAUAGCGGGCAGCGAGGGUGUCCCGGACGCUCUGCAGAAAUGCCAUUCAUUGUCGAGAGAUCUGCAGAAUAACCAAACCAUAAUUUUCUCCAGGCUGUCUGAUCUCAAGCAGCAGAUAAAUAAUUUCACGGUACAGCUGGCACACAUUCAACAAGAUUUGCAUAAAGUGCAGGAGUACUUCCAAGCCGCGCCCGAAAUGGCCAAUUUGCCGAAACGCUUGGACGAGCUGUCAACUAGCGUAGCAACAUUUGGCAGUCAAAUAAGGGAUCUCGGGGCCACGGUGAAAACUCUGAAAGAGACGAACAUGAGGGUGCAGGAUGCACAGACCACCAUGCAACAAAACAUCAGCAGUAUUAAGCACACCCUGGUAGAAUUGUCGAACGUUACUCAAAAACCUCAAAUACUGAGCACCGACGAAGCGCAAGUUAAGACUGACAAACUGAACCUCACAAUAUUGCAUUUAAUGAAUAAUUUAACGCAUGUUAACGAGACCUUAUCGAGCAAAUUACAAUGGGUCGCCGAUGAUCAAAACAAAGAUCGCAGAAACUUAGUUUCGCUUCAAGAAGCGACGGCGGCUAUUAACACAACAAUGAUGUCAUUGCAAGGAGAGUGUGUUAAAAUGUCCGAGCAGGCUUCCGUUCUAGCAUCGAUUCAGCAGUUGACAGAGAAGAUGAACGAGAUACGCACAACCGACGUGGAACUAAUUGGCAAGUUCAAGCAAUUGGAACAAUCGUAUAACGGGCUGAAAAACUCUACCAGCAUAAUGUUCGCGACUGUGUCCGAGAUGCAGAAUCAACAGCAGGUCAGCAAGAUCAAGCUAUCGGAACCGUUAAACGGCGAUAUAACAACGGAGACGGAUCGCGGUGCGACAGAUGUAGGUGAUAUUGCUCAGAGAAAGAAUGAUAGAUUGCAAAUGUGGCGGAAGCACAGUUUCGGCGAGAAGUGAACGAACCUGGAGGAAACUCGGGCUUGAGAAGAGACUUUCAUGGACGAAAGUCGCAAUCUGAGAAUCUGUGUAUUUGUAAAUACUAAUAAAUUAAGUACACGUUACGCAUGUACAUAGGAAGAUACUAUUUAUGGUGUCGCACGCGUUUUUGGUGGAGUCAGUAACCCACUUUGGCGUGCGAUUGCGUUGAGAAAAGAUUAUCGUGAGCGUGCCGUGGCCUGAAAGAAGCUACUUAACGCCGAGCAAUAACUUAAAGCGUAUAAACAUUAUUUAGGUAGUGAGACGAACGUUCUGUAUUCGACUAGAUUAGAUACGUCAAUUUCCUAAUAACACUAAUCACGACGUAGCGAGAAAGAUAUUUCAGAAAUACUAUGGAAAGUACAAAGUCGACAGCCGUCUCGAAACGCAUUCUCGGUUGUACAACGUUUAGGAGAACGUUUAUAUUUAAGUAACGGCAACGUAUACCGAAAGUUUUCUACUCUUCUACAUUUUGUAGCGUCGUUUACGCUAUAUUGUACAUUUUCUGACGAAACAAUAGAAAACUCUUCGGAUUGCAAAGAAACUCAUACAUAAAUACCGUGAUUCAGGAUGUAUGUAAAUACAACACAAUAUUAUUUAACAAAUAAACAGUGUGAUAAAAUGAUAGAGAAGUAACGAUUGCACGAUUCUAAUUGCAAAAUUAAUUAAGUUUGGUUUGCGCGACUGACGCACCAAGACACUGGCGGUAUAUGUUUCCAACUUUUUCAGUUCAGCAACACGUGCACCAUACAAGUUGGAUGUACAGUUAAAUGUGACGGUUAAAAAUGUUAGUCUUUCUACAGCGAGUAACUUGCACCGUUGUAGAUAGUAUUGUAGUAGCUUGAUCAAAUUUUUUUCUAACAAAGAACGAGCGUUAUUUUUGUACGCAUCGAGGGUGACGUUUGCGAAAAAGGGACAAACCGAAGCAAUGAGCUUUCCGAAAGUUUCUCGGCUCUUUGGUACACGCGAAUGAAUUGUUUUUCAUCGAACCCUUUAUGUAACUAUAGACAGCGAGUGUACACGAGAAUUAGGCAGUAUUCGCAUGUAAUUAUUUCGCACAAUCAUAAAAAAAUCUAGACGAAUGUAUCUCAAUAGCGUGCGAGAAAUCGUUGAAUGUAGGUCAAUUUUUUAAAAAGUUUUUUGGCUAGUGCAUUUAUGAACUUAAGAAGAUAAUUACAUGCGAGUGUGCGAUAUAAAUCGGCUACGACAAUACCGAAAUAAAUUAAUAAAAAAAAAGAAGGAAGGUA